GUCAACGACGUGCAGGUACGCCGCGAGGUGCCGCUUGCCUCGCACCACUUCUUGAAGGUGGCUCGGUUGCACGUGGCCGUCGACAAGGUGUCGAAGGAUCGUAGACCGCCCGAGCUCGACGUGCAGCAGCUGAACGAGGAAAGCACGCAGCUAAUUUUCCGGCAGCAUUCCUCGAGCUCCCCAGAAGAUAUAGACGAACAAGACAAUGAGCAGCAUAAUGUGAACAUCGCGUGGCGCGGGCUUGUCGACGCGUUCGAGCACGCGGCAUUCCAAACCUUGCCAGAGAAGCCGAUUGCUGCACGGAG